AUGAUGAUGAUCAGUUGUCCAAGCGAUCGGUUAGGCCAUGAGUGGUUUGAAGAGAUUCCACCGCAUAGCUCCCCGGCCCUCGGAUCUAACUCUGUUUCUCUCGCUAGAGAGAUCCCUAAUUUCCCCAGACCAACCCAGCAACUACCCAAGGCUAAUGUGUCACCGUUGACUAUCACACCCGAAGGCAAGGAGAAUUAUUCUGCAUCGGUUUCCCCGUCCAACACCCGCAUCUCGCCCUCCGGCGUCGGUUCGUGCAUAUUUAAAUUGUGGAAGUCGCCUAGCAUCGUUCGCGGAUUCUCUCCAUUGCACGUCUCGUCUUUGCUCCGAUCGCAAUUUAGCCCCAUUCUCAGACAGACAACUACUCCGCCCAAAUCCUCGCCACCCAAGAAGAGGUUGGGGGUAUUUACACUGGGCGGAUCCUUUCAAGACGAUGGGGGCUCUUUUAUAGAACACAUGACUGCACGAUUGACUCAGGAUGAUGCGCCAGAUACUGGAUUGGCAAGGCCCGAGGCCAGGGUUAUGAGUAAGAUGGCCAGGUCCAGUGAUCAGGUCUCAUUGCGCACGAUUCAACAUCCCAACAACCAACGCAGCUCGGACAAGGACGUCAUUGAAAACGACAACGAAGUCUCAAUGAGUGCAUCUGAGGAUGACGAUGAUAUCGAAUGUGGGGACUCGGACUUUGAAAGCGACAGAUCCAGUGAUGAUGAAUACAGGCACUUUUUCCAGCGAGUGGAUUCCCGGCCAAAUCUGGUAUCGCGGCAGUCGAUGCUCACCAUGAUGAUAAAUAAUCCAGAAAUGAUGCAAGGAAACGCUUUUCGUUCUAGUUCCGUAUCACAAGGGUCUUGCCCAAUAUCAUCAAAUAAUCUGUCCAUCUCUACUCUCCCUCUGGAAAUUGACCAAGGAAUCUCGACUAUGGAUGGCUCUAACCCCGUCAUUGUGAAGCCAUCGCCAUCACCAUCACCCUCACUCGUGCACUCCCCGCGCACUGUCCGUCGUAAAUUGCUUGCUACCGAGCUGAGUGAUUCGGACCGCCGGAACCUUCUCUGGGAGCGUCAGCAAAGUGACCCGACUAUUAACGCUUUCUUGAAACGACGAGGCACCGUCCACGACAUGAGAAUUGUCCAAGACCAUCCAGAGUCAAAGAAUCUACAGGAGGUAAUACCCCCAACCCAACAUGAUGAUUGUAAAGAGUCGAAUGCUUCCAGCCUGGCCAAGGAUAGAGAUAAUCCAAAUGUUGGCUUAUGGACUAACUAUGCCACUGAUUAUGGGCCGUGGGAAUACCAUGUCAAGGGAUGGUGA